AUGGUCGUGCUGCCGCGAACAGUGUCUAAGAGUGAGGCCGUGUCGCCGAGCGACACCUCCACCCAGGCAUCAUCGGAGUGGUGCCAGCAGCUAUCUGAGAAGGCGCAGAAGAGCUCUUGGCGAAUCCAGUACAAGGACAUCCAGAUCGAAAAGGAGCUGUGCCGGACCCUGAAGAGCACCAUGCAUCUGGGCUUCUGGAAAGGCACCGAAGUUGCAGUGAAGACCUUGCUCAUGGCAGAGGGCCAUGCCAGCGGGGACUCUCUGGAAGCUCUUCCGGCAUCAGUUGCGGAGGAGCUCUUACAUGAGAUUGACGUCCUCUCCUGCAUUCGCCAUCCCAAUCUUGUCCUGUUCGUGGGCGCCUGUCUCGACGCCACCCACUCCAUCGCUUGCAUCACAGAGUACAUGCCUGGGGGUGACCUUGAGGCCUUCUACAUCGCGAAGCGCGCCACGCACCAGGCUAUUUGGCGUCCUCAUUUGAAGCAGGUUCUGCAGUGGGCGACCGCCGUCGCCCGGGGAAUGCUGUUCUUGCACACCCGAGAAGUGCCUCUUAUACAUCGUGAUCUCAAGCCUUUGAACCUUCUCUUGACCAAGCACUUGGACCUGAAGAUUGCCGACCUUGGCAUCAGCCGUGUGCUUGCUGCGGGCAAAGGAGAUGGGAUAUACGCCAUGUCUGGCGGUGUCGGCUCACUUCGGUACAUGGCACCCGAGGUGGCGCGACAUCACUACUACAACGAGAAAGUUGACAUCUAUGCCUUUGCCCUGAUCCUCUACUUCAUGAGCUCCGGCCGCCAACCCUUCCACCACAUUGGCACAGACCCUGAAAAGGUUCUGGACCUCUAUGCCAAGGGGGAAGAGCCACGGCCUCUGCUCGCGGAGUGCCCACGGAAGCUCCAAGGCCUCCUGGCUGCCGCUUGGGCAGCCGAUGCCGCCAAGCGCCCGGGGGCCGCCUCCAUGCUCGCGAGCCUGGAGGCCUUGGAGUCGGAGGUCCAGCCCUCCUGUCUCUGCUCCCAGAUGUGA